UAUAAGCAAAAAUGAACAAUGGUAGCUCCCCAAAAUCUCAGGAUAAAUCACAGAAGAUGAAGAAAUCGAUGAAACUCAAUGGUUAGUGUUUUUGUUCCCAUCAGAAGUUUUAUUAGUACUAAAUAAAGUUUUACAAGUCCAAAGUUUUUGACGCUCUGAUGAACAGAGGACUCUGAUAAGGAGACCGUGGAACACAAGCAAGUUCCAGAGGAUGAGAAUCCAAAAACAGAUGCCAAAGAAGAAAAAGGAUCUCAGGGAGCUUCAGACAAGAAAGACAAAAAGGAGAAAGUUCCAGAGAAUGAGAACCCUAAGACAGAAGCCAAAGAAGAUAAAGGAUCUCAGGAAGCUUCAGACAAGAAGGAUAAGAAGGAGAAGGGCGUCGGUUGCUGCAAAAAAUGCAAGGCUAAAGCAAAGAUGACGAAGAAGAAACUCAAAGAAGAGGCGUCUGAUGAAGAGGAUGAGAAACAAAAACAGAAAACAGAGAAGGGGAGUCAGAAAACAGAUACCAAUGAGGAAAAAGGAACUAAAGGAACUUCAGAUGUGAAAGAUAAAAAGGAGACGAGCAUGAUAACAUGGCGACACAAGAGUACAAAGAAAGAUAAGAGUCAUGGUAAAAACUUGUGCAGCGUCAACCCUCCCUAUCAAACCGGUAGGUCUAUGUACCAUGGUAGACCCAACUUUUCAAACCCGUGGAACAUGUACGCACCACCGAGAGUUUUGUAUCCAGCAUUUGCGAAAGGGCCAAUGUAUGGACAAUGUGGUGGUGGUGGUGGUGGUCCAUUACAACCAUACCAGUCCAUGAAUCCAGCAGCUGCAAUGUACAGAGGUGCUAUAAUGUCACCAUAUCCUCCUAUGGCAGCAGCUAUGUAUCCUCCCUAUUGGCAAAGCAGACCGUUCACAGAUGCUAAUCCUAUCACGCGUUACACUACCUACAGAGACAACUACACUACCCACCGAAACAACUACUCUUACUUCUUUAUCUAAGUUUCCUCUUUAAUCAUUCCUUAUGUUUUUCCUCUGUUUGUUUUUUUAUCCAAGGGAGGAAAAAAACUAAAGGACAGAAUAAAGGAAUUUCUUUGUAGACUCUAUAAACGUUCUUUUUUUUUCCAAAGAGAAAACAGAAUAUCCUUUGAUAAAGAUAAUGGAACUAGUCAUUCAACAUCAAGCCAUUACAUGAAAA